CGGACAAGCCAUGGUCGGGGCGGGCGGUCGCUGCCUGCUCCUUGCCUCCGCCCUCGGGGAGGGGGAGGCCGGUGCCGGGGCGAGCAGCGGGUGAUGGGGAAGAGGCGAGCGCAGCGCUGAGGUCCUGCGGGGCCGGAUGAGCGGAGGCUUGGCGUCGCGGCGGUGGCGGGGCUGGAGGAGGGGGCGAAGGAGGCAGUAGGGGCGGCCUCCACUCCGGCUGCCCUAAGGGGAAGGAGCCCCCGACCAUGGAAAUCGAGAACAUCGUGGCCAACACGGUGCUGCUGAAAGCCCGGGAGGGCAAAAGGAGUGGGCGUAGUAAAAAAUGGAAAGAGAUGCUGAAGUUGCCACCUGUUAGUCAUUGCGAAGGUAUUAGAUGCUCAAUCGAAAGAGACUAUAACCAGCUUUGUGACAAACAGCCGAUAGGAAGGCUUCUCUUCAGACAGUUCUGUGAUUCCAGACCAGAUUUGAAAAGAUGCAUUGAAUUUCUGGAUGCAGUGGCAGAAUACGAGGUAUCUUCAGAUGAAAAGCGUAUAGACUGUGGCCUGAAAGUUUUAGAGACAUACUUCACUAAUGGGUCUGCAGCACACUUGCCAGAAAUACCUCAGGAAACAGUAAAUGAAUGUAAAGCAAGACUGGAAAAGAACCCUUCUAAGGACCUUUUUAUGGACUGUACUAGGAUUGUCCAUGAAUACCUAAGCAGAAGACCUUUUGAAGCUUACCAAGAAAGCGUGUAUUUUUCCCGUUUUUUACAAUGGAAAUGGCUGGAAAAGCAACCAGUAACCAAACACACAUUUAGGCAUUACCGAGUACUAGGCAAAGGUGGAUUUGGAGAGGUGUGUGCCUGUCAAGUACGGGCAACAGGAAAAAUGUAUGCUUGUAAAAAGCUAGAAAAAAAGAGAAUAAAGAAGAGGAAAGGAGAAUCAAUGGCUUUAAAUGAAAAAAGAAUUCUAGAAAAAGUGAAUAGUAGGUUUGUAGUUAGUUUAUCCUAUACAUAUGAGACUAAAGAUGCCUUGUGUUUAGUAUUAACCAUAAUGAAUGGAGGGGAUUUGAAGUUUCACAUAUAUAACAUGGGAAAUCCUGGCUUUGAUGAAGAAAGGGCCAUUUUCUAUGCUGCGGAACUGUGCUGUGGUCUGGAAGACUUGCAGAAGGAGAGAAUUGUUUACAGAGACUUGAAGCCUGAGAAUAUACUCCUUGAUGACUGUGGACACAUCAGAAUUUCUGAUCUUGGAUUAGCUGUGCAGAUUCCAGAAGGAGAAACAGUCCGAGGACGGGUUGGGACUGUUGGUUACAUGGCUCCAGAAGUGCUCAAAAACGAAAAGUAUACAUUCAGCCCGGAUUGGUGGGGUCUUGGGUGCUUGAUCUAUGAAAUGAUUGAAGGACAGUCUCCAUUCAGGAAGCAUAAGGAAAGGGUCAAACGGGACGAGAUUGACCGGAGAGUAAAGGAAGACCAGGAAACGUAUUCAGACAAGUUCUCAGAGGAGGCAAAAUCCAUCUGCAGGAUGUUACUUGCUAAAAAUCCAGGUGAACGACUGGGUUGCUCUGGAGAUGGAGCUGCUACUGUAAAGCAACAUCCUAUUUUCAAGAACAUUAACUUCAAGAGGCUGGAAGCUAACAUGUUAGAACCUCCAUUCUUGCCAGAUCCACGUGCCGUAUAUUGUAAGGAUGUCCUGGACAUAGAGCAGUUCUCAACAGUAAAAGGAGUGAACCUGGAUACUACAGAUGAUGACUUCUAUUCCAAAUUUGUUACAGGUUGUGUCUCAAUCCCUUGGCAAAACGAGAUGAUUGAAACGGGAUGCUUUGAAGAUAUCAAUGCAUACGAAACCGAUGGUACUGUGUCACCAGACAGAGAGAGGUCUCCUAAACCAAAGAGAGGCUUCUUCCACAGACUUUUUAGCGGAGAGGUCUGCUUUAAAUCUGAUUGCAGUGAUGAUGAGCAGGAGUCCUCCAGACUUUAAAUCAUUUUACUCUCAUCAGAAAGGAUGAGAAAACUUUAAAUGUUUUAUAUCUCUGUAGCAAAGUGUAUUAUAUAUAUUUUUUAUCUGAGUUCAAGGAUUUUUGUACAUUUGUACUUCAUUUGUUUUAAGAUGUAUAUUUUCACUAAAGCUUAACUGUACAAAAAGCAAUGAGUGCCAUUUGAGUGAGUGUGUUUCUGUAUGUAUUUGAUUUCUCUUGGGUUUUUGUCGGUUGGUUUUUUUUCCCCAGUGGAAUAAAUCUAGACAUACUAAAAGGAUUUUAAAGCACAGAGAUAAUAUCUAUUGCAUCAAUGUAACUUGAUUUUGUAUGCUUCUAGUAAAAUUCUACUUGUUCAUUAGGAUCUUUAUUAGCAGUUUUCUUAACAGUAAAAUUGCUGUAGUGAUAAAUUUCAUAAUUCUGGUGUUAUCUGGCAGCAUGGGAGUGCUUUUACCUAAUGUAUCUCUUGGGCAACUGCUAAGGAAAAAGGAAUUCAGUGCACUGUGGACAGCUAUUAUGAGUUGCUCUUUACUGUCUGGCUCUGUAGAAUGUCUUUCUAUUCUUCUUUAUACAGAGAAUUCUGAACAUUUAUCUUAAUGCUGUAACAAACUGUAUUACCCCAUUCUUCUCUUUUCUACCCAUCUUACACAUCGUCUCUGUACGGUUUCUUGGCAUGGACCAUGCAAGUACAGCUGUGCCAAAAAUUUUGUAACUAUUUUGAGUACUUUUUUGUCUUUACUAAAAGGAUUUCUUUAUACCUGUGGGGACAUCUUUUUUUUUUUUUUUUUUCUGUAAAUGAAAUUGUUUACAGUUCCAUGUAGGAUAUUACAGUUUUAUAGUGGGUUCAAAAACAAAGCAUGGACUCUUUUUAUUAACCUCCUCUCUGCUUGUUAUGUUGCAAUAUUGCAUAUUGUAGGGUUGACAGCUGUCACUGCCACUGAGAGAAGAAUAAGGUUGUAUUAAGUAUCAAAUUUAAUUAUGUAAAUAAUAUUUCCUUAUAGCUUUUAAAAAGUUAAACAUUAAAACCUGCCUUUAACGAUUGCUUAA